AGCCAGAGCGCGGCCCGCCCCCUCCCCGGCCCGGCCCUGCCCGGCGCCAUGGCCACGGGCGCAGAUGUGCGGGACAUCCUGGAGCUCGGCGGCCCCGAGGGCGACGCGGCCUCGGGGACCAUCAGCAAGAAGGACAUCAUCAACCCGGACAAGAAAAAGUCCAAGAAGUCCUCGGAGACACUGACCUUCAAGAGGCCGGAGGGCAUGCACCGGGAGGUCUACGCGCUGCUCUACUCGGACAAGAAGGACGCGCCCCCACUGCUGCCCAGUGACACAGGCCAGGGUUACCGCACCGUGAAGGCCAAGUUAGGAUCCAAGAAGGUGCGUCCGUGGAAGUGGAUGCCGUUCACGAACCCAGCCCGCAAGGACGGAGCCAUGUUCUUCCACUGGCGCCGGGCAGCUGAGGAGGGCAAGGACUAUCCCUUUGCCAGGUUCAAUAAGACUGUGCAGGUGCCCGUGUACUCGGAGCAGGAGUACCAGCUCUACCUCCACGACGAUGCCUGGACCAAGGCGGAGACCGACCACCUCUUCGACCUCAGCCGCCGCUUCGACCUUCGCUUCGUGGUCGUCCACGACCGCUACGACCACCAGCAGUUCAAGAAACGGUCUGUGGAGGACCUGAAGGAGCGUUACUACCACAUCUGUGCCAAGCUUGCCAACGUGCGAGCCGUGCCCGGCACGGAGCUCAAGAUCCCCGUGUUUGACGCGGGGCAUGAGCGGCGCCGGAAGGAGCAGCUGGAGCGGCUCUACAACCGGACCCCAGAGCAGGUGGCGGAGGAGGAGUACCUGCUCCAGGAGCUGCGGAAAAUCGAAGCCCGCAAGAAGGAGCGGGAGAAACGGAGCCAGGACCUGCAGAAGCUCAUCACCGCGGCCGACACCACGGCCGAGCAGCGGCGUACGGAGCGCAAGGCGCCCAAGAAAAAGCUGCCGCAGAAGAAGGAGGCGGAGAAGCCGGCCGUCCCUGAGACCGCGGGCAUCAAGUUUCCAGACUUCAAGUCUGCAGGCGUCACGCUGCGAAGCCAGAGGAUGAAGCUGCCAAGCUCUGUGGGGCAGAAGAAGAUCAAGGCCCUGGAACAGAUGCUGCUGGAGCUGGGUGUGGAGCUGAGCCCGACGCCCACGGAGGAGCUGGUGCACAUGUUCAACGAGCUGCGGAGUGACCUGGUGCUGCUGUAUGAGCUCAAGCAGGCCUGUGCCAACUGCGAGUACGAGCUGCAGAUGCUACGGCACCGGCACGAGGCCCUGGCCCGGGCAGGCGUGCUGGGGGGCCCUGCCACCCCCGCCCUGGGGCUCGCCCCCGCCUCUGCCGAGUCAGCUGUGCCCGAGCCGGGUCUCGGCCCUGACCCCGCCAAGGAUGCCAUCAUCGACGUGGUGGGCGCACCCCUCACCCCCAAUUCGAGGAAGCGGCGGGAGUCGGCUUCCAGCUCGUCUUCUGUGAAGAAAGCAAAGAAGCCGUGAGGGGCGCGGAGCGGGCGGGGGGCCGGGGGGCUGCUGUGUAAAUAGAUGUG